UUCCUUUCCUUUCCGUUCACACACAUGUAAAACCUCUAUAUAUUACAAAACCUAGAAAGCGCGAAAGAGGAGAGAGGGUAGAGAGAGUCACUUUCACACAUUGCUGCUUCUACGAACCUCUCCGAUUCCAACCAAACUCAGGGUUUUGGUUGCUUUUGAGAUCGAUCAGUUAUGGCGGCGACGGUGCAGCAACCAGUCUCUGCUCAAGUUGUUGGUAAUGCUUUUGUUCAACAAUACUACUAUAUACUGCACCAAUCGCCAGGGCUCGUUCAUCGAUUUUAUCAUGAUAUCAGUAAGGUUGGUCGUCCUGAGGAGAAUGGUACCAUCAGUAUCACUACAACAAUGAACGAUAUCAAUGAGAAGAUAGUGUCACUCAACUAUGACAAGUACAAGACGGCUAUCACAUCUGUGGAUGCACAAGAGUCUUUUGACGGGGGAGUUCAUGUCCUUGUAACUGGUUAUAUGGUGUUGACGGAUGAUUUGAUUCGGCAUUUUGCUCAAACUUUCUUCCUUGCACCACAAGAGAAAGGCUACUUUGUCUUGAAUGACAUGCUUCGGUAUGUGGAAGACAUCAAUCACCAUGUUGGAAGUCCAGGUUCAACUAGUGACGUGGAGGCUCCUCUCACCUCUGAGCAGGAACCUUCUACUGUUCAGGAGAACCAAAUUUCUGAGCAAACAAUUGUCUUGGCUGAGGAAGUGAAUGGGGAAGAAGUCUACAAUUCCUCCAACCAUGGAGAAGUGUCGGCUGUGGAAGAUGAAAUGCCAGUACCUGAGGUUGUUAAUGAAGUACAGGGUGAUUCACGGAUGGUCGUUGAAUCGAACUCCAAAGUUGAAGAACUGCCACAGAAAUCUUAUGCUUCCAUUGUGAUGGUUAGGAAAGAGGGUACUGCUACUUUUUCAUCUCCUGCACCUGCUCCUCAGAGAUCUGUACCAAAGAGCCAAGAGCACCAAGUGAACUCUGCAUUGCCUCCUGCCUCAGCAGUUGAGACACCAGUUUCCAGUUCAAACGCUAUUGAGAAUGAUAGUAGUCAGGAGGGGGAAGCUGAGGGUUACUCAAUCUACAUUAGGGGUCUGCCACUGAAUGCCACACAUGCCCUAGUCGAGGACGAGUUUAAAAGGUUUGGACCUAUCAAGAGCGAUGGCAUUCAAGUUAGGUGCAACAGAAACCAUGGAUUUAGUUUUGGUUUUGGUUUUGUGGAAUUUGAGGUGGCAAGUGCUGUGCAAAAAGCAAUUGAGGCUUCACCUAUUAUGAUUGGUGGACGGCGAGCAGUUGUUGAGGAAAAGAGGUCUACCAGUUCUCGAGCAAACAAUAGGGCAAGAUUACCAGCUGGAAGGGGGUCAGGAUUCAGGAAUGAUGGAGUUCAAGGGCGUGGAAACUAUGGAGGCAGCAGAGGUUAUAGCCGGGGCGAUGUCGGUGGCAGGAUUGAGUUUGGUAACAGGGGUAGCAAUCGGGGAGAAUUUUCAAACCGGGGAAGUGAUGGAUAUCAGAGGGCUGAUAAUCAUGGGAGCAAUGGUGGCCGCAUGAACCGUGCUGGUGGGAUGGCCAAGACGAUGGCACCACGGGUAUCUGCAAGUGCUUGAGUAUUCAUAGCAUAGAAGUUUCCUUUUUUGAAAUGUAGUGAUGAUUAAUUAGUCGAUGUAUUUUGGUGGAAGCUUCUUUAUCCUUUUUUGGACGGGCUGCUGGAAUUUUCUUGGGUAUUUUCCAAACUUUAUUUUGCUUAUUGGGUGGUUAUAGGUGGAUAAGUAGAUUAAUAUUUUACUGUGUAGUAUUAUUAUAUUAUGAAAAGGCUCGGGGGAUAUGUUCUAUAUUUGUGAGCUA